AUGGAUGUUUUGAGUGAAGCUGAUUCUCAAGAUGAACAAUCUUCGAGUUUCGACGACUCUAGUGAUUCUUCUCAAGAGACUGGAAGUUCAUCGAACAAUGAUGACAAUGAAAAUACCAGUGAAUGGAAUUACCAUAUUCCGAAAAGAAAUUUGAAAUUCUUUAGUGAUAAUUUAAAUGUUUCACAUCAAAAUGAUUCCCAAUUUCGUCCUCUUGACGCUUUCAAAUUAUUAUUUACUGAAGAAUUGUUUGAAUUAGUAUGGAAACAAACAAACAUUUAUGGUGAGCAAAAACAUGGAGGGAAUUGGGUUCCAAUCAACAUGACUGAAAUCAAAUCAUGGAUCGGAUUGAAUAUUCUGAUGGGAUAUCAUAAAUAA